UUUCUCGGUUUUUAAACAAGAGGGCCGGCAUCUCAGACAAAGGGGAAAACACAUUCCAAAUUCUCGCAUAUAGAGAGAGAGCGAGAGAGACUGAGGGAGAAUUUCAUUAGAAGAGCAAAAAGGAGUGAGACCCGUUCUCAGUAAGGCCUCAAAGAUAAUAUUAAGAGAUGGCCGACGGUGAGGAUAUUCAGCCCCUUGUUUGUGACAAUGGAACUGGAAUGGUCAAGGCUGGAUUUGCUGGAGAUGAUGCUCCAAGGGCUGUGUUUCCCAGCAUUGUUGGACGGCCUCGUCACACUGGAGUGAUGGUUGGCAUGGGCCAAAAAGAUGCUUAUGUCGGCGAUGAGGCCCAAUCCAAGAGAGGUAUUUUGACAUUGAAGUACCCAAUUGAGCAUGGAAUUGUCAGCAACUGGGAUGAUAUGGAGAAGAUUUGGCAUCAUACCUUCUACAAUGAACUUCGUGUGGCCCCAGAGGAGCACCCAAUUCUGUUGACAGAAGCCCCUCUCAACCCCAAGGCUAAUCGUGAAAAAAUGACUCAAAUCAUGUUUGAGACCUUUAACACCCCUGCCAUGUAUGUCGCUAUUCAGGCUGUCCUCUCCCUUUAUGCCAGUGGUCGUACAACUGGUAUUGUUCUCGACUCUGGGGAUGGUGUCAGCCAUACCGUCCCCAUCUAUGAGGGUUAUGCUCUUCCCCAUGCAAUUUUGCGUCUUGAUCUUGCUGGCCGUGAUCUCACAGACAACCUAAUGAAGAUACUGACCGAGAGAGGCUACUCCUUCACUACAACAGCUGAGCGGGAAAUUGUGAGGGACAUAAAAGAGAAGCUAGCUUACAUUGCUCUUGACUAUGAACAGGAGCUAGAAACAGCAAAGACGAGCUCUGCUGUAGAGAAGAACUAUGAGCUGCCUGAUGGACAGGUGAUCACGAUUGGUGCUGAACGAUUCCGAUGCCCUGAGGUCCUCUUCCAGCCAUCAAUGAUCGGGAUGGAAGCUGCUGGAAUCCAUGAAACCACCUAUAACUCAAUCAUGAAGUGUGAUGUCGAUAUCAGGAAGGAUCUGUACGGCAACAUUGUCCUCAGUGGUGGUUCCACCAUGUUCCCAGGUAUUGCUGACAGGAUGAGCAAGGAAAUCACUGCCCUGGCUCCAAGCAGCAUGAAGAUUAAGGUGGUGGCUCCACCAGAGAGAAAGUACAGUGUCUGGAUUGGAGGUUCCAUUUUGGCUUCACUCAGCACAUUCCAGCAGAUGUGGAUAGCCAAAGCAGAGUAUGAUGAGGCUGGGCCUUCAAUUGUCCACAGAAAAUGCUUCUAAGAGAUUUUAUACAGUUCACAUGGUUGCUUAUGCUGCUUCAUUUGCUUCUCCAUUUCAUUUUUCAUCUUGUUCUUUUCUUCUGGGUCUUUACUUUUCAAAAUUCGAGCAAUGAACAUGGAGACAUUUUUUUUUUCCUCAAUAUUAAUUUGUAGAAGACUUGUGUAUUUCCAGUGGUAUUAUGAUUUGAGUUUUGGCAUGAAAGGGAACUCGUGAUUCCUUGGCAGUAUUUAUAUGCUUGUUGGUUUUAGCGGUCACAUAUUGUAAUAUAAUAUGAAUUUGUAAUGUCAGAUUGAAUCUUGAGACAUCUUUUUAUAUAUAUUGUUAGCGAAAAGUUUUUAUGAA